GCUCGGCCUCUACUGUUAGACUAACGGUAGGCGGGGAGCAGUAGUCGGUACAGAGAGCCAGGCAGACGCUGAGUCAGCACAGCUUCCCUGGUCCCGUGUCUUCUUGCUGACGGAGAGGAAGUAUCCACAGCUCGGUUAGCACAGUGCUGUUUCCUGCUAAACCUGCAGCACAAAGAGCCUCCAGGUUAGCUCUGCAGUCACGAGUUGUUCGGGAGUUCUGUCACAUCCUGCUGACAGGAGGAAGUUGAUCUGAGUGUUCUUAUUUCUUACUGCGAGUGUUUUACUUUCUUACAUCACAGUUUGCUUCGGUACCGAGAGACACAAUGCAUUCUCUGGAGCAAUUGAAGCAGAGUUUAGAGGGAGCGGGGCAGGCUCACAUACUGCAGUUCUGGCCGGAGCUGAGUGAUCUUGAGAGGGACGCUUUCCUCCAGGAUCUGUCCCAGCUAGACAUGACGCGGCUCCGGGAGCACUGUGAGGGUGCUGCCCGGGCUGCAGCCGCCCCGUCCGGCAGCCUGGACCAGCACCUAGAGCCUGUCCCCCCGGCGAGCAUCGGCAGCGUGAGGAAGAGCGACUCUAAGGCUCUGACAGAGUGGGAACAUGAAGGGCUGUUGCAAAUCUCACAGAAUCGAGUUGGAGUCCUGCUGCUGGCCGGGGGUCAGGGGACCCGCCUCAAUGUUCAGUACCCCAAAGGGAUGUAUAAUGUUGGGCUACCAAGCAGCAAAACCUUGUAUCAGAUCCAGGCAGAGCGCAUUCACAAGAUCCAGCAGCUGACUGACAGGAAGUACGGCUCAAAAUCCACCGUGCCAUGGUACAUCAUGACCAGUGAGUUCACUCUGGCUCCCACUGAGAAGUUCUUCAAGGAGAACCACUACUUUGGUUUGGAGCCCUCAGACAUUGUUAUGUUUGAGCAGAGGAUGAUCCCAGCAGUGACCUUCGAUGGAAAGGUCAUCUUGCAGGGGAAAGGAAAGAUAGCCAUGGCCCCAGAUGGGAAUGGAGGUCUGUACCAGGCGCUGGUGGACAACAAGGUUCUGGAAGACAUGAAAAAGAGGGGAGUGGAGUACCUGCACGUCUACUGUGUAGACAACAUCCUGGUGAAAAUGGCCGACCCUGUGUUCGUUGGGUUCUGUGUGAGCAAAGGGGCUGACUGCGGAGCCAAGGUGGUGGAGAAGGCGUGCCCUGCGGAGGCAGUGGGGGUGGUCUGCAGGGUGCGGGGGGUCUCCCAGGUGGUGGAGUACAGCGAGAUCCAGCAGGAGACAGCAGAGCUGCGAGGCGCUGGGGGAGAGCUGGUGUACAACGCUGGAAACAUUUGCAAUCACUUCUUCACCAGGGCCUUCCUGCAGGACGUAGCAGAGACAUUUGAAGGCCAACUGAAACAGCAUGUCGCAUUGAAGAAAGUGCCCUAUGUGGACUCAUGUGGCAACCAGGUCAAACCCACCAAACCUAAUGGCAUAAAGAUGGAGAAAUUUGUGUUUGACGUCUUUCCAUUCUCAAGGAACUUUGUUGCGUUUGAGGUUGUGAGGGAGGAUGAGUUUUCCCCUCUGAAGAACGCAGACGGAGCCGCUACAGACACCCCCACCACGGCCCGGAACUCUCUGCUGACUCAGCACUGCCGCUGGGCCACCGCUGCAGGAGCCGCUCUGUGUGAUGAGCAUGGGAACACCCUUCCUGCAGCCAGUGCAUCAGCAGGGGACAGUGCUCCAGUGCAGUGUGAGAUCUCACCGCUUGUCUCCUACUUUGGAGAGGGCCUGGAGAUGCUGAAAGGGAGGACACUGCAAACUCCGCUCAUUCUGGAUGAAGAAAAGGCCAAAGAGCUGCAGGCUCAGUAACAUCCCGGGGAAAAUAAAGAACUGUGUGACAGGAGCAGAGAUCAGUGAGCUGGACCAAAGGAUGGAGAAGAUAGCUGUGGAUGGAUACAGCCCAGGAAUGCACAAUAGUUUGAAUACAUUUUUGAACUGUAUGUGAAAUCAAGCUGUCAUGUAUGUCAUGUCAUUCUCUCUUUGUUUUGGAACAGCUACAUAUCAUGAUUUGAAACAAAUAGGACAAAAUAAGGGACCAGCAAUGAAUUUUUGUUUGACAUGUUUCUAAAAGUAUUUUCGAAAUAAUACAUCCUAUAUCUCUUCAAUAAGUAUUUCAAGGACCAAAGUUGAUUUUCAAACUGUUUCAGGAUACGAAUGAAAACAGUUUUGAGAGAGUUGUUACUGUAAUGAUGGAGUUGUUGUUGUUGUUGUUGUUGUAAUGAUUGCACAGUUACUGUAUGCUGAGUCACAAUAGCGAGAAAAUCAACAAUUUCAUUAUGAAAUAAAAUGAAAGUAAUGCAAAAUAA